UCACUUCUUCUAUUGAACAUACUAUCGAAAAGACCCAAUCUUCGGAUUCAUUAGUUCCCACUGCGCUUUUUCUGAUUCUAUCUCGAUUUGUUCAAUCCGAUUCCAACUUUUGUUUCGAUUCUGAGUUUUUAAUAAUGCUAGUUCUAAACCAAAAUGAGAUUAUUUGAUGAUUCUAAUCAAUCUAUAGCUCAAGUAAUAGUUAUUAACGAAUUGGGUUUUAAAAAUUCGAUUUUUGAGUCUUUAACCCGAAUUUAUGUCACUCUUUUGAAAAUGUGUUGAUAGGGUAAAGAAGAAGAUGAGUGGUGAAGUUGUUUUAGCUGCUAGAGUUUAUCGUGACCUUCUCAAAGCAGUGGUGAAACAUGUUGGUAAAGAAGAUCACAAGUCUCAUUUCUUAGACUUUGUUAAGCAAGAAUUUCGAAAGAAUGCAAACUCAGAGAAAAUAAACCUUGCUCGAAAUUACACAUAUCUUCUCAAUAGCAUUCACUCUCACAAGGAUCUGCUGUUCUCAUACAACAUUGCGGUUGAUAGAACUGAAGAAAUGAAACGAGUGCUUAAUAAAUCUGCAGCCAGUGUAGGGCUUCGUCUUCCUGAAGUUUACGAGCCUUGAUCAUGCAUUCAUUCCUCUUUGUCUUUCCGGGGGAUGAGUCGUUAUGAUUUCUUCAUUUCUGUGGACAGGUCUUUGGUUAAUUUUUGAUUAUAUGAGAUAGUAAAUGAAGCCAGAGAGCUCUUUUCCUUUAAGCUUUUAAGUAUUGACAAAUCCGAGUUGUGUGGGUUACAAUUUUUUGUUAGUGUUGCACCACAUUUGUUUUAGGAUGUGUUCCAUGAACAUAUUCAUGAUCUUGUUAUGUUUGAUGGAAACCACCAAAGUGAGAGAAUUCAGAAGCAAUUGCAUAUUCUGAGAUACAAAGAAGCCAG